UAUCACAAUAAUGGAAGCCACUACCAAGUCUCUCUUCAAUGAAUGCUCAAACUUUACUCUCUUAUCAAACCAUCUCUUUGCAACAUUCUCAAGUUUCCUAUGGCUCUCUACCAUAACACUAGUAACAUGUAUUGAAUCCUUCUUGCUUCAGAAAAACUAUGAACCAGUGUUCCAUUUUCUCUUCCCAUGUUUUGUCCUACUUUCUUUCCUUCUAAAACACUUGUUCUCAAAACCCUCUCCUGUUUACCUCAUUGAUUUCUCAUGUCUUAAACCACCAAAUCAUUGUAGGGUACCUUUCUCAACAUUCCUUGAAAAUGCUUCUUUGUUUGAAUGUUUCGACAACGAAAGUAUUUCCUUCAUGGAAAAAGUCCUUCAUUCUUCUGGCCUUAGUGAAGAAACUUUUCUCCCUCCAUCACUUCUUUACAUUCCACCAAAAACCGAACAUUCAGAAUCUAUCAAAGAACUUCACAUGGUUCUUUUCCCUGUCAUGGAUGAUCUUCUUGCAAAAACAAAACUUUCACCAUUUGAUAUAGACAUACUUAUCUUAAACUGUAGCAGUUUUUGUCCUUCACCUUCUUUAACAUCUUUCAUUGUUAACAAAUAUGCUAUGAGAAGUGACAUUAAAAGCUAUAAUGUCUCUGGUAUGGGGUGCAGUGCUAGUGCUCUUUCCAUUGACAUGGCUCACAAUCUUCUAAGAGUUCACAAAAACUCUACUGCUAUUGUUUUAAGCACAGAGAUUUUGUCCGGUGGAUUGUAUUCAGGUAAAGAAAAAUCAAAGUUGUUUCUUAACUGUCUCUUUAGAAUGGGAAGUGCAGCUAUUCUUCUCUCAAACAAAAAAGAAGCGCGUAAAAACGCAAAAUAUUUGGUACUUCGGACAGUUAGAACACAUAGAGGUUUCGAUGAUAAAGCUUAUUUUUCUUUGAUACGAGAAGAAGAUUCAAACGGAAAACUUGGUGUGACAGUGAAGAAGGAUAUAUUACCUCAAGUAGCUAGGGAAACACUUGGUUCAAACAUUUCAAUCUUGGGUUCUGAAAUGUUACCAAUUUCUGAGAAAUUUUUGUAUGGUGUUUCUCUGAUAAACAAGAGGUUUAACUUAAUGAAAUCCGAGGGUGUUUAUGUGCCGAAUUUCAAGACUGUGAUACAACAUUUUUGCUUACCGUGUACAUGGAAAUCGGUGAUAAGAGAAGUAGGAAAAGGGUUGAAGCUUGGUGAUAGAGAGAUUGAAGCUGCUCUGAUGACAUUGCAUAGAUUUGGAAAUCAAUCUUCUUCAUCAUUGUGGUAUGAACUUGCUUACUUGGAAGCCAAGGAAAAAGUGCAGAAAGGAGAUAACAUUUGGCAACUUGGAUUUGGGAUUGGUUUGAAGAGUUGUAGUGUUGUUUUGAAGUGUAUUAGGCCAAUAGUUGGUGAGUCUCAUAAUGGACCAUGGUGCGAUUGCAUUCAUCAAUACCCAAUUUUAGAUAACUAGUAUAUGAGUUAAUAGUUCUAUAGUUGUUAUGCUAUUCAUAACUUUUAGGUAUUUCCACUCAUAUUGAUGGAGUAUUUAUAUACUCCCCCCUCCAUUAUUAGAUAUGUUUGUCUAGUUAAAAUAUUGUGUUAUCUCAU